AUGGCUGAAGUCUCAGAAGCAAAUUCCCAGCGAUCACUCUAUGCUAACGGCUUCGAAGUGAAUCGUUUGAAAAAAUUCCCUUCAAACUAUGUUACGACAACUAAAUAUAACAUCGUAACAUUUUUACCAUUCAGUCUAUUAGAACAAUUCAAAAGAUUGCCAAAUGUUUAUUUUUUAAUAAUCGCAAUUUUGCAAUCCCUACCUCAGAUUUCGGCACUUGGACCUUACACCGCUAUCGCACCUAUUUGUUUUGUCCUAGCUGUCAGUAUCAUCAGAGACGGUUUUGAGGACUAUUUAAGAUAUAAAGCAAUACAUUAAUAUGGCGGAGGCGACCAUCCGGCCUCUUGCACAAGAUUAGGUAUGAUAUACUAUUUGGAUUAGGGACCCUGAAGGCAGCAGGCGCUUAGCGUGAAACUGGGAGUUACGCCGGACUCCAGCCGAUAGCGAACGGACGCCCCGGGAGCAGGCGGACGGUGUCAUUCUUUUUUUUUUUAAAAAAUCGGAUGAACUUGCAGAGGUGAAAAUCCUCGGCCGUCUCUAAGCAAAGCUUUUAGUUUAAUUUAAGAUACAAAGCAGAUAAAGAAACAAAUUCAACGAAAACCCAAAUUUAUCGCAAAGGGACGUUUGAAGAAAAAACGUUCAAGGAUAUUGAAAUCGGUAAUAUCAUCAUGGUAAAAAAAGACGAAGCAUUUCCUUGUGACAUCGUUAUGCUAUCAAAUUCCUCAGAUAAUGGAAUUGCUUAUAUUGAAACGUCGAGCCUUGAUGGGGAAAAAGCUUUGAAGCCUCGGCUUGCAUUGCAGGCAACCAUGAAUAUUAUCAAAAAGGACCAAAUUAUCAGAGUUUUUUCUUUAAUUGAAUGUGACCAUCCAAAUGCGAAAAUUUAUGAGUUUAAAGGUACAAUGGAAUAUAAUUACCAAAAGCAUCCACUUACUAACUCCCCCCUCGUGAGUGAACAAAAAAAUUUUGUUCGCUCUUGGAGUUUUUUUUUUUUAAAAAAAAAUUUGAUAUAUAAAUUUUAUAGAAAAUAUUUUUUUCGAAAUUUAAAAAAUCCUAAUUCGCAAAAAUUGAAAAGCAAAUAUUAAUUUAAUUUAUAAAAUUUAUUUUUAAGACGCAAUUUGUUUAAAAUUAAACAGAAUUCAAGAUUUCAUUAUAAUAAUUAUCAUUUUUAGAUCAAAAUUUUUUUCUAUAAAAAAUUUUUGUUCGCUCACUGAGUGGAUUUUAGGGAUUUUUCUAAUGGUUUUGUUCACUCACGGAGCGGGGGGGAGUAAGGAUAAUUUACUACUUGCUGGAGCGUUUUUAAGGAAUACUGAAUGAGUUAUUGGAGUUGCUGUUUAUACAGGGACAGAAACUAAGCUCAGAAUGAAUUUAAUGAAAAGAAUAUUCAAACAAAGCCAAGUAGAAAGAAUUGUUAAUAAAUACAUUGUUGGAAUUUUAGCUAUCCAAUUUUCCCUGUGCUUUGUGCAUGCAAUUUUAUCAGGAAUUUGGAGCAGUAAGUAUGGAGACGAUAGCUAUUAUUUAGAUGGAAAUACCUACAGUCCAGGACUUCAAGGGUUUUUGACUUAUUUUACCUAUUUUUUGCUUCUCAACACUAUGCUGCCGAUUUCUUUAAUUGUUUCUCUAGAAAUUUUAAAACUGAUGCAAGGAUUCUUUAUGCAGCAAGACCUCCGAAUGUACAGCUCUAUAAGAGAUAGGCCUUGUAAGGUCUAAUUAAUAUGGUGGUGGGGACGAAAUAUGUCCUUACGGAGGUCACACCACUCCGGGAGCAAAAAUGGUUUAUAGCCUAAACCAAGGCAGAGACCCUUUAAUUCUUACCCUUAGCAUUGCCUAGUGCGUGCGGUAUGGAGUGGGUAGUCUUAGGAGUCAGCUGUCUUCAUUCCAAUCCGAAGUAUUAAUUAUCUGGAUGGUUUUUGACUACGGGUCUUUUCCUCCCGUUCCGGGUGGCCGUAGCUUUUUUCCUGGGUGUCACUUCUCCCAAAGGUGGCCGAUUGGAGGUAUCGGGUAGACCUUUAUCUCCAAAGCACCCUAAUGACGUGAAGAACGGGAGUCUUCCUAGCCCAUUGAGACUCAGGCUAGACUGUGGAAGCCCAUUUCCGAGAUAAGACAGACGCUCCACAGGUUGUUGAUGGGCACCCCGACAACCAGGUGUCAGCUGUCGAAAGCGUGCAGAGGCAUCAAACCUGGAAGACUUUGAGCCCUUUAAUCUUAAUCUUGUAAGGUCUCAGCUUUUAGCUUGAAUGAAGAAUUAGGCAUGAUUCAACAUAUCUUUUCUGAUAAAACAGGAACACUUACUCGUAACCGUAUGGAAUUCAAAUUUUGUUCUGUGGGGAAUAAAAUGUACGGAGAAAAGAAAUUUUUGCUGAGUCGUCACUUUAGCUCAGUGGCCUCCAAAACUACAAAAGCAGUUAUAUUUACUUUUGACACCAAAGAAAUUGAAAAUGAUUUAUUCAGCCACGAAGAAACGAUUCCUUUGAAAUAUUCAAUCAGUUGUGACCAAUCUGACGGAAAAGAAACGAUUUCAACCCAACAAGAACUGCUUGAUCUAUUUGUGAAGUGUAUGUCUCUAUGCCACGAGUGCUUAAUAGAAGAAAAAGAGAACGAAACAAAUUAUAUUGGCCAAAGUCCAGAUGAAAUUGUCCUAGUUGACUGCGCGGCGAGAGUUGGGUAUAAAUAUGCAAAAGUGAGAGGAAAUAUUAUCGAUCUCCAUAAAACGCCAUUUGGAGUUAAUGAUCAAGUCGAAAUUAUGCAGUUUGACAAGCUAUGCACCCUUGAAUUUAAUUCAGACAGAAAAAGAUGCUCACUCCCCCCCUUCGCGAGUGAACAAAAAAAUUUUGUUCACGGAGGGGUGAAUUUUGUUUUUUCUAAAUUUGAAAAAAAAAUCCUAAUUUACAAAAAUUGGGAAGCAAAUAUUAAUUUAAUUUAUAAAAUUUAUGUUUUAAAAACGCAAUUUGUUUAAAAUUAACUCGAGAUUUCAUUAUACUAAUUAUCACUUAUAUAUCAAAAAUUUUUUUCACUCACAGAGGGUGGGUUUUUGAGCAAAAAAAAAAAGGGAUUUUUCCAAUGGUUUUGUUCACUCACGGAGGGGGGAGUCAGUAAUUGUCACAGAUAAGCAGACUGGCAAGCAUAUUCUUUUCACCAAGGGGGCUGAUACCAAGAUGAUAAAGCUACUUUCAAGCGAAAACCCAUCAAAAUAUAUAGACAACAUUAUGAGCAAUUUAUUGACUUUUUCAGAAAGAGGUUACCGAACCCUUGUUUUCGCCUUCAAGUAUAUAGACGACGAAUACUUUAAGGACUGAAAAUCCAGAUAUGAUAUAGCUUGCACAUUAAUUAAUGGAAGAGAAGAAAUGGUCUCCAAGCUAUCAGAUGAAAUCGAAACUGAUUUAUAUUUACUAGGGUGCACUGCUGUCGAAGACGCUCUACAAGACGAUGUGCCUUCAACUAUACAAGAUUUGCUAGCAGCUGGAAUAAACAUAUGAAUGCUGACUGGUGAUAAAUUUGAAACAGCUGAAAACAUUGGAAAAACUUGUUCAUUGGUAGAUGAAAAUAUGGAAGUUGGAAGAUGCCCUGCAAUGCCUCUUGAUGAUUGCUUAAGAACCUUGCUCCCCCCUCCGUGAGCGAAACCAUUGGAAAAAUCCUUAUUUUUUGCCUAAAAAAACACCCUCCAUGAGCGAAUAAAAAUUAUUUAUGAAAAAGAAAAAUUGAUAUAUAAAUGAUAAUUAUUAUAAUGAAAUCUCUAGCUAAUUUAGAUUAAUUUUAAACAGCUUGUGUUUUUAAAUAUAAAUUUCGCAAAUUAGAUUAAUUUUUGCUUCUCAAAGUUUAAAAAAUUGGAAAUUUUUUUUAAAUUUGAAAAAUAAAAUUUUAUAUAUAAUUUUUUUAAGAAAAAAAAAUAAACCUCCCUCCGUGAGCCAACAAAAUUUUUUUGUUCACUAAGGGGGGAGCUAGAAUCUAUCAGCGAAAAAUUCCAUGAAGUUGGCGAUCAAAAGCCAACUGCAUUAGUAAUAGAAGGGUCUUGCCUUGAAUUUGUGCUAUUUGAUGCCAAUGAUCCAGCUAUGAUGAAAAAAGAGCCAGAGUUGGCCAACAACCCAACUGUAACGGCGGUUAGAAAAGUUUUCUUACUCCCUCCCCCAUCCUUGAUCGAACGAUUGACUGUAAAAAUUCCUAAAAAUUGGGGAAAUUAACCACCAUCCUUGAUCGAACGAUUUUCAUAUCAUGCAAAUUUUUAUAUAAAAAUAUAUUAUUUAUCAAAAGCUUGGGAAGAUGUACAUAAUGAAGUUGUUUUCAGAGCUUUGAGACGACAGAAAGCUGCGGAAUCAACCAUCCGAAGUGAUUUAGUUAUCAACAUAGGCUUAAAAACUCAAUAAUCUAAUAAAAUAGAGAUUCUUUCAAAUUUUUAAAAAAAAAUGUAAUUUAAUAAGGAACAAAUUAAAAUUUAUACAGUUUAAAGGGAUAACUAAUAAAUCAAAAUAUUAAAAAUUGGUAUUUUAUGAAAUUAAUUAGAUUUUUUGCUGUAAAAAUAAUUAUUAAAUAUUCUUAACCCUCUUAUUUAAAAAUAAAUAAAAAAAAAAUUAUUUUUUAUUUUAUAUAUAAAAUUUUUUUCCCAAAAAAAUUUUUUUUAACCCCCAUCCUUGAUCGAACGAUGGCGAGUCGUUCGAUCAAGGAUGGGGGGGGGAGUUAGAGAUGGCAGUUGACUGCAAAACUGUUAUAUGCUGCAGAGUGACGCCAGGUCAAAAGCGAGGGAUCGUUAAAUUAAUGAAAGACCAAACAGGCUCAGUCACUUUGUCAGUUGGAGACGGAGCAAAUGACGUUUCCAUGAUUCUUGAAGCUCAUAUUGGAGUAGGAAUCUAUGGAGAAGAAGGGAUGCAGGCUGUCCAAGCUAGUGAUUAUGCAGUAGGAGAGUUCAGAUACUUAUGGGAGCUGCUUUUAAUCCAUGGAAGGUUCAAUUAUAUCAGACAAAGCCAUAUGAUUAUGUAUUUCUUCUAUAAAAAUCUUGUAUUUACCAUUCCAAACUUUUUCUAUGGGUUUUAUUGUGCUUAUAGUGGAGAAACAGUAUACGAUGAUUGGUACAUCACUUUUUAUAAUAUGGUAUUUACAGCUGUACCGCUCAUGGCAAGAGCCUUAUUUGAAGUUGAUAUUUUAAUCCCAAAACGCUAUGAGGUAGGUGCAAAUCCACCAGGCCCAAAAGAUACUUUGAGGAAGCUUAUACCAAAAGCUUACAAUGUGGGGCGUUUGAACCAAAUUUUUACUGCAAGAAAUUUUUGGGGGUGGCUUUUAAAUGGAACAAAUAAAAUUGCGACGACACCGACCUGUCCUCUCCCGAACCUGUAGUGUGAUUGGGGACCUUGCUGCGGCCUGAAGCCAAUCCACUCAGGGAAAGGUCUGGUAUGGGUACUGGUAUUUGUGUCCGGCUAGGUUUCCCUCCCGGUCCAGCAAUGACGAUUUUCGGAUCGUCCCGACGGGACAUGGGACAAAAAAGGGUUUUCCUCUAGGGACUGCUGGUGCCCAAAUUAGACGGCACAGUAGAUGCCAAUAAGAGCUAGGGAGUUAAUCCUUAGCUCUAACCCUAGUCGACGACGUGAAGCAUGGGUGACCCAGUCCGCCUACUUCCGGAAUUUCAUGACCAAGCCCCAUGACCGGAAGGAGCCGAGUGGUAGCCUGUGGCACUUAGGUGUACACUGGGAGCAGGGCAAGGAAAGCAAGCGAGGCGACCAAAAGGAGAAAGAAAAGGACCUACAGUCCUGGCCGGGAGCUACUCAAUAACAUAUAAUUAAGAUUAAGAAGGCUUUUAAAUGGAAUUUUGCAUUCAGUGAUUGUGUUUUUUAUUCCACUGUAUGCAGCAGAAGAAGGGAUAAUGAAUAAAAAAGGGUAUAAUUAUGACCAUUGGGGUUUUUCAAUAAUGUCUUUUACCUCUAUUAUUUUAAUUGUCAAUUUGAAGCUUGGCUUGAAUACGAAAUAUUGGAAUUGGGUGCAUUAUUUAGCAAUCGGAAUAACAAGUAUUUUAGCUUAUUUGCUAUUUAUCGUUAUAUAUGACCCUUUUACAAGCACUCCAUCAAAUAUGACACUUUAUCAGAUGUUCGCAACUCAAUACUUUUACAUUGGAAUUAUAACAACAACACUCUUUGUAGUAGUUUUGGAUGGAGGAUACCAGCUAGCAAGGAGGAUUUUCAAACCAUCAAGCUCUGAAAUGAUGAUGGAUUAUUCCCUUAAAAUUUAUAAAAACGAAAAGAAAUCAGAUGACGACAUUUAG